UUAUACACCACUUACGUGUGGUCGAAAAAUCAUUAAAUACGCGGCAUUUCAUGUGUAAAUUAUCAUUCGGUUUGAUUCAUUCGGAAUGAAUUUAGUAAUUGUUUUGAGUGUUUUGGUUGCGGCCUUGACCGUAGCAGCCGUUCCAGAUGAUCCGACAGACAUAACGUCUUUAACGUCAUUAAGUAAGAGAAUUUCUCUUAUACCCUCUCAUCUGACUGGAGCUCCAAGUAUUAAUCUAAAUUCGAAGGAUUAUGUUGAAUGGAUGAAAAAAUGUUGUAAUCGAACCGAAUACGAUCCGGUGUACGAAAGUCAAAAAGUUUCCCAAAAAAUAUCACCUGCUUCGAACAAUGCACUAGACCGGAUCAUCAUUGCGAUUAAAGACAUACUCACCGAUAUUUUCCACAGAGCAAGAUAUACAGAUUUGGAAUUCGAAAUGAACUUCAACAAAAUUGCGGUGGCACUGAGAAAUCUUAUGUAA